CAUGGACAGAAGGAGAGAGUUUGCAUAACGUUGAAAGAUCGGGGAUUUGAAUAUUUUACAUUUGCUUUACAAGCAAGAUUAAAAUGUGAAGGCUUUGACUCUUAUCCUCAAAAACCGACUUGCAAAUUUUGAAAGAGUGUCUCAUGUUGGUCCACACACGUAAACUCACUAGCUGUCUUUUUCUCUCUCUCUACCCGAACACUAUACCUUUCUGCUGAAUCUUCAGUUUUCUUGCAAUUAAGCCAUUGCAGAAGUUAUACUCCGACAUCUAAAAAGAAAAAGUCAUUUUAGUAGCCAGCUACCCUUAAUUUAGCUUUAUAAUAUGGAGAUUUCCCAUUUUACAGAGGAAGAAUCUGUUAGCGAGUCUUUGCGAACCCUGUCCAUUCUGCCUCGGCUGGAGUCCCAUCCCAGUUUCCAAAAUGAAAGUGCAAACCAACAAGCCGAGCCAGGGCCACCUCACGAGGCUUUAUUCCUCGUCUUGGCUUACCUCCCCGUAUUUGAGCUUCUUAACAUGAGUGAAGUUUGUAUGUCACUUAGGGAUGCAGUGAACCGGGAUUUACUCCCCUGGCUGACUAUCAUCGUUGACAGGCCUUUGAGCUCGCGGUUGUCUGAUGAAAUUCUGAUGAAAAUUGCCUCAAAGGCCAAUUGUCGAUUGAGAACUUUGAUUCUGAGGAACUGUACAAAGAUAACAGAUGAUGGACUUGAAAAGGUCAUAGAGAAAAAUCCUUAUAUCAAUAAGCUCCAUCUGCCUGCAUGCACCGGCUUAACACCGGAGGGAAUCAUCAAAGCUGUGAAAAUACUAUCCCAACAUCCAAACAGCCUAAAGAGUCUACAGAUCAAUGGUAUCUACAACUUAAAGAAACAACACCUUGAAACACUUUACUCCUAUCUUCAAAUGAACCCAUCACAGCAUAAGCCACAGCAUAUCCUAUAUCACAUUUAUAGAAUUUCUCCAUCAUCAAGAAGCACAGAAAGUGGUAGGAUUGUUGAUGUGGAUAUCUGUCCACAGUGCAAUGAAGUUCAAAUAGUUUUUGAUUGCUCAAGGGAAACAUGCAUGCAGAAGAGGGACCGGCUGGUUGCUGAUUGCAGAGGUUGCAACUUCUGCAUUUCAAGGUGUGAAGAGUGUGGGGGAUGCAUAGAUGCUGAAGAACAAGAAGACGCUGCAUGUGCAGACAUAUUGUGUUCUGAUUGUUGGCUUUGUCUUUCAAAAUGUAAUUAUUGCAACAAGCCAUACUGUAAGCGACAUACUAACCAGCAGUUCAGUUCUCCAGGUUUUUGUGGUUUCAUUUGUGAAGCAUGUCAUAUGACAUCAGAAAUUUAAAUUCUGAGUGAUGAUGUCGUUGUGAACAUGAUCAGAAUAGCAAGAAUCAAGGAGCUUGAUUACAUCAUCAGGUUGUCUCCUAAGGUUCUGCAGAAAAUAUCUCUCUUAUUAUGAAAAAUAAUCUAUUUUCUGUUAUGUUAAUAGUUAGUAUGGAGACUCGUUAUUUUAGCAGAAAAAUGAUGUACCUAGAAAUAGAAUUAUACAACAAAUACGAUUUCAGAGACUUCUUA